AUGGAUUGUGGUAUGUGGUGUGUGUUCAGCGAAAGGCGUCGACACGUCGAACGACUUUGGCGACGUCGCCUAUUGGUGACGUCAGACGAGCGACGCGCGCGACGCAGGUUUUUGCGUCUGAUGCGCGGUUUUGACGCGGAAGAUGUGGAGGUGAUACGAAAAGCUGUUGAGACAGAUGGUGUUGAUUCGAAAGCGUGUGCACCUGGUCCACCAAUGGAUGAACGAGUUGAAGAAGAAGAUCCGCCGGAUGAAGAUUCGGGAUUGAUUCCGCAAAUAGAUCGACCGAUGAGUAUGCCGUAUUUAUGUUGUAAAUUGUGGAGGUGGAAAGAUUUACAGGUAAGACAUUUGGGGAAGAUUUGACAGAAUUAUUUACUUUUAAAAGAAUUUGCAAUUUUUCACAUUAGUGUGAGAUUUAAAAAAUGAACUGAAAUUUUGUAAAAUUUUUUGGUUUAUAUUAAUUAUUGUCCAAUAGUUUUAUUUCGUUCCAAAAAAAUUCAUGAAAAUUUUGAAACAGUAAAAAUUCUGGAUUUUUUGACAAGAUUUUGAAAAAAACCAAUCAAUUUCAUUUCAACCCGAAAAAUUAAAGAAAAGUUUUGAAACAGUGAAAAUUCAAAUUUUCAAUUCAGUAUCAUAUUUUUUUUGAAACAGUAAAUUUUUUAAUUGUUUUUUUGAGAACAAAUCCAUAAUUAUUGGUUUUUGAUAAAAUUGGAAACCAUUUAACAAUAAAAAUGGUAAAAUUAGUCUUCAUGAAAAUUUUGAAACAGUCAAAAAAUCGUAUGAAUGGAAAUUCAACGAUUCAAAAUUUUGAGUGUUUUUAAAAACACUCACCUUAAUUUUGAAACGUAUUUUUCUUGUGAAAUCUCAACAGAUUUUUAAGCUAAAAAAUGGAUCUGUGAACUUUAAAACAGUGUGAGAGUCCAAAUUUGGCCAAGACUUCAUAGAUAAAAAUUGAAGCAGCGAAAUCCAAUUUUGCAGGUCGACGCAGCUCUUCAUCGCCUCGAAGCUCUUCCCUGGUGUCGAUUUGGUCGUGUGACAAUCAACAACGCCACCGUUUCCUGCUGUAAUCCAUAUCAUUAUGCAUUAUGGAUUCGACCAGAAACAAAUGGCGGAGAUGAUGAUGAACAACAGCCAAUUAAUAGCACUAAUUCGACAACAACUCCACAACACAAUAAUCAUCAUCGAAAUAGUAGUAGUUUAUAUCAGAAUAAUCAGAAUAAUCAUCAUCAUAUGGGAAAUGGUCAUAUCACGUAUAGGAAUCGAGAACGUUAGUGAAUUUGGGAAUGGGGUUUAGGAUUUUGUUUUGAGAUCUCAACUCAAAAGUCAGAGAUUCAGAAAAUUUUUUUCGAUCUACCAAAAAACUCAAGGCCGAGAAACCUGAGAGUACUGUACCUAGAAAAUAGGAUACAAAAUUGAAUACGAAUUCAACUAGUGAUGUUUCUAGGUUUCCUCGAACUGCAAGCAGUACUGUAGGUUCGCAAGAAAUGAUUUACUUUUUUUAUCCGAACUUCAAAUAGUACUGUAGUUCAAUCUGCGAAGCAUAGAUUAGAGACAACUACAAACACUACUGUAGGUAGUGUUUGCUUGGUGUUAGUAUUACUGUAGAUUCAGAAUAAUGUUUUGUUGAAAAUUCUACAGAAAUGCAAAAAGUACUGUAGCUCAAAAAAUCGGAGUUUUCAACCGAACUGCAAAGAGUACUGUAGUCAGAAAAAUAAAAAUGUUGUUGCUAGAUUCUUAUGUUAGCGCCAAACUGCAAAAUGUACUGUCGGUCAAUUUUAACCAAGUCAAUAUCAUUUCAAAUCUCUAACCCUUCUCAAAUUUUCGAACGAAAAAAAUAAUCCAUAUUAUUUUUACAGACGCCCACGACGCCGAAAUCAUGCGUCUACCAAAAGUUCUGGGCAACGAACUGCCCGACGGUCCGCCUCCCUCAAUUCCCUCCGCAACUCCGCCGAUUCCCGAAGAAUCACCGCCGUGCACAUCAAGAAGCUCUCCCGAACCCAACGAUCUCAUUCAUUUUCAUCACGAAACUGCGAGAUGUGAGUUGAGACGAAAAACGACACUCCACAUUUACACAUAAUUUUCUCUUUCAGCAUGGGCAAAAAUCACACGAUACGAGCGAAAAGAGCAGAUUGGCGAUACCGUAUUCCUGACCGGACAAUUUGCGGCCAUCGGAAUUCUGUCGAAAUCUGUUCACGAUGCUCAACCCGAAUGUUCGGCGUGGGAUUUGAGGAACGAAGUGUCGUUUGCGCUGAUACGACAAUCUGAUCCGAUUGGAUCAGAGAAUCCCGAAGAUGUUUGGUUGUAUAAUAGGUGAGGGAUUUUGGAGUGAAAAAUUUUAGUUUGAAAGGUUAUCCUGAUGACGUGGCAAAAAACCAAUCUCCGAUUUUUUUGUAGCCAAAAAGCUGCUAUGACGUGGCACUUCCAAAUUUCUAAUUUCCAUGUUUAUCUAUAACUUAUACCAAAAUUCUCAGUUGAGCAUUUCUAGCUCUAGCCUCUAGAGUUUAUGAAAUCUAAUUUUUUGAUUCCAAAAACCUUCCAAAUCAAUAUAUUUCCAGUGGCACUCGUCCACUAUUCCUCUCAAUGUCACCAUCGCAUUCUUCUGCGACCAAAGACACACUUCGUCGAUUAUCACCCGGUUAUUGUAUACGUGUGCAUCGGGGAGAGGCUUCGGCGUCAGCGCCAGCCAGUGAACGGGCAAAAGUCAGAAGACCGAGUCGGGUGAGUCGGGGCCAGGGAUCGAACCCGCUACCUUUGGGGGCAAAAUUCAACGCGUUACCACUGAGCUACGGAAAACCCCGGCUGUUUUUCCAAGACAUCAUCGAUGAAGCGCCCAUUAAAGGACCACACCGUAAUUUUCGAAUAAAAAUCGUUUCAGGACCCAGCUCUACAACAAUCAACCCUAAUAAUUUCGGUUGGCAAAGGUUGGGGACCCAAUUAUUCUCGCCUAUAUCUAACCGAUAUUCCAUGCCGUUAUGAAGUGUCUUUCGCCUAG